CUCUAUAACUUUGUAUCUCUUCUUACACUCCAGCUCCUAAGUUGUGGCAGUGAAGGGGUGUUUUGUGCCUGCACAAUAAUAAUAUCAUGUAUCAUUUUCCUGGGAUUCCUCAGUUCUAAAGGAAGCUGCUUAUUCACCAUUCACAGAACAAAGGGUGGGGGGAUUGGCAGCCCAGCUGUUAUACAGAGAGAGGGAGAGAAGGAAAAGGCUUCCUGCCCCUUUAAAGAGCAGCUCAUCUGUGUGGCUUGCAGGGCUGGAAAGUCUUCCUGGCUGUGUGGAGCAGGCGGCAUGCUGACUGAUCUCACUAACAGGGGCUUCUGUGUAAGCUGAGGCUAAACAAACACAGAUGGGGAGCUCAGUGUGCACUCACCAAAUAUGCUGCCAAUGCUGCAGGGACAUCAAAUGACACUGUGACUGCCCCAGCACACAGCACAGGAGCCCUCCUCACCAUCUCUGCUCCCCCAACUAUGAGGAACCUCCAGAUCCUGCAAGAAGACCCCCAGUGGAAGAGUCACUGCCUGAAGGACAUCAAGAGGCUGAAGAGGAAGAACAGGGAGCUCCUCAAGCAGGUCAAUGGCUACCAAACUUUUAAAGUGGACUUGGGUGAUCAUCAUAUCAAGGGGGAGUCAGCUGCAGCACAGGAGAAGUCUGCUUCUUCUAUGAUGGACAAUUCUGAGGGGGCCUUGGACUUAAGCAGUGGGGUGCUACCGGGGAAAAAGGGGUUAAUGCCCCCUGCUACUGCCACUGCUUCUCCUACAGGGUUGGAGAUUGGGGAGCAAAGGGUGCAGUCCAGGGUGGUGGUGUGUCACAGACCCCCAGAGACCUCCUACUUGUCAGUGACUUACAACAACAACAACAACAUCAGUCCAGAGCCCUGUGCAUCUCCUAGGAAAAGACUGGGGGAGACUGCGGAGAUCAAAGCCAUCCAGCAGACAAGGAGACUGCUGGCUAAUGCCAGGGAGAGGACCAGGGUGCACACCAUCAGCGCUGCCUUCGAGGCGCUCAGGAAGCAGGUGCCAUGUUAUUCAUACGGACAGAAGCUUUCUAAAUUGGCCAUUUUGAGAAUAGCUUGUAACUAUAUCCUCUCCCUGGCGCGACUGGCUGACCUUGACUACAGUGCUGAUCAUAGUAACUUGAGUUUUACCGAGUGUGUAGAGCAAUGUACUAGGACUUUACAGUCAGAAGGAAGGUCAAAAAAGAGGAAGGAGUGAUAUGUGGUGACGUUCGGCCUCUUCCAGUGCGGGUUCCCUCUCUCUUCUCUGGCGAAUGUUGGAUGGUAAAUCCUGAAGACAGCUCCUGGCUGAGACUCCUCGAAAAGACAUCUGGAUCUGCAGCUUCUAAUACAAAGACAGGGAACAAAAACUGCCGUUCAGCUUUUUAGCCUGUGCAAUUUAUCUAGCCAUAACCCCCCGUCUUCGCCUGGGACAUUUUCUGUCACUUCAUUGCACAGACCAAUUCAUUUUAUUUUUCUUCUUGUGCCAAAGACUUCGCAAAGCUUUGUGUCCUUUUAUUGCCUCAAUACAUCCAUUUUUUUUCUUUUUUGGUCCAAAGAAGCCGAGGUUUUCCAUUGAGCUCCCACACAAAAUAUAUUUAUUGCCAUGUGUGUAUGAUGGAGUUCCCCUUAAAGGGCCGUGACGCUUGACUACCAGAGACUUCCACCAGACUGUGCUUUAUUGACUGUAUAUUUUUGUCACAUAUCUGAUCCAGAUUUAAUAAGGAUAGUCCUGAUGGAAUGAGGACUUGCAUGGGACUUCAUGGAUCAUAGUGGAAAUAAUAAGAUGUUAUUGCCAAUUAAAUACACUAUAAAUUGCUGUUGUAUACCCAUGGUGCACUGCUUAUUCACACAUACAAACCCAAUGGUCAGAAGCUCAAAAAAUAUAUGUGCUGGAACCAAGGUAAUAAAAGUAAAAAAAAUAAACAUAAAACAUUUAAAAAAAUUGUUAUAAAUAUGAAAAAAAGGCUCCCAGCAACCCUAGCCACCAUCUUACUGUCUUAGUCAUUAGGGAACUUUCUGGUACUUACUACUAAACAAUAAAUAUAUCUGGAACACUAGGAAAUAAGACACUGCCAGACACCCGAUGUCAUCAACUUACCUCCCACAAGGAACAAAGGGCAUAUUAAAAACCAACAUUCCUGAUCUUUCUCCCCCCGACAUUAGCCAACGAGGAAAAUUUGGGACACUGCCAGACACAUAAGAUUGUUGGCCAGUUCUGAGUAUGGUUGAGUCUCAUCUAAUGUGUAUGGGAAACUCAAGAUAGGCCUACGUUUGACCAGUUAAAGGGGUACUCCACUCCGCCCCAAGA